UAAGCUAAGCGUGGCGGGGAACUCGGGCCUUUUCUACUGGCACCCUAUUGCGGCACGUUGGCCCAGAUUCAGAGGAACUCACCUGCUUUUCUUCCUCUCUGCGGUGGGAACUCUCGGGAGAAACGAAGCAUGAAGAUGAGAUCGAAACUACCCUCCUCAGAUGCUCGGAGCUAAGCUUUUGCAGAGAUUUCAAACCCUAGCAUCUCUUUCUCUCUUUCUCUCUUUCUCUCCGUCUGGUGGAGCUCGCGCAUGGUAAGCUCCUGAAUUCGUUUAUUUUUUUCGUUCGUUUUGCCUCCGUCGGGCUGCCGAGAAAUCCCGGGAAAGUAAAUGUGAGGAGAGAAUUGCUAAUCCUAGCGUUGUGUCUUUCUUACUUUUUUCUUUUUGUUCUGUUUUUUUUUUUCUUUGUGGCUCAUAUAAUGAAAUUAGCUUAAGCUAGCGAUACGGUUAUUGUUAACCGCAGUUGAGUAGAGGUUGUUGAAUAUAGCACAGUUGAGUAGAGGUUUUUGGUUGCUGAGAAAUGCAGGAAAAAUAAAUCUACGAAAGCAAGGUGAUCAAGUGUGUCUUAAUGCCACAGGCAAAGACAGGCUAAGAACUAGUUCUUAUGUGUGACCCUUGUUUACAUUUUGGUUUUGGGUGACUUCUUUUUGAAGCAAUAUUGAGUUUUUCACUUGAAUCUGCCUGUUUUAUUGUGUUAAAAGAGUCAUAUGGGCAUGGUUGUAUUAUCUGACACAAUUCCCCCAAAAUAGAGGCAGUUCUAGGCUUUGAACUGGACGAUUUUAAUUUGUUGUUGCAACCUUCCUAGUUGAAUAUGCCUGAAUCUCAGGGGACAAGUGCUUCUCCUACGCUAGAAAGUUGUAAGACUAGAGAAAGUUGUAGCCGUGUAUGUACUGCUGUGGAACAGACAUGUGAAUUUGCUUCUGGAAGGGCAGAGAGUGAAUUUCCAGAGCAAAAGCAUCAUAUUGACUCUGAAAAUGUGCAAAGUGAGCCAGCCGGAACCAGCAUCCUGACAUCCAGCUCUAUUGUACAUUUACCACCAAAGAGCACGACAGAGAAUUUGCUUAUUGAUCGGUUGGGACCACCUCAAGGAGAUUUGGUUGACAAUUCUAGUAUUCAGCAAUUGGGACAGCUUUGUGAAGAUAUGACCGAGAACCCUAUUCAUGAACAGUUGGGGCGAUUUCCUAAAGAUGUGAUGGAGAAUUCUAGUCAGUUGCAAAUUGGGAACAAAAGGACUUCUGCAAAGCAAUCGAAAAAAAAAUACAAGCAGAGAUUUUUAGUAGGAAGUACCAGAAUUUUGCGCUCGAAAUCUCGAGAGAAACCUAUUGCUUCUGAGCCAAGUGAUAAUAUGUCCAAUGCCAGGGCUGGACGAAAACGAAAAAGAAUGAAAAAGAGGAGGAAUGAAAUAUUACGUGACGAAUUCUCCAAUGCCAGGAAACAUCUAAGAUAUUUCCUGCAACGAAUGAGCUAUGAUCAAAAUCUUAUUGAUGCUUACUCCGGUGAGGGUUGGAAAGGCCAAAGUCUUGACAAACUGAAGCCUGAGAAGGAGCUUCAAAGAGCCAAAUCUGAAAUUUUACGUCGCAAAGUUAAAAUAAGAGAUUUGUUUCAACAUCUUGAUUCAUUAUGCACUGAAGGAAGGCUUUCAGAUUCUCUAUUUGAUGCUGAAGGACAGAUUGACAGUGAGGAUAUAUUCUGUGCCAAAUGUGGAUCCAAAGAUCUCUCCACCAAUGACGAUAUCAUACUGUGUGAUGGUGCUUGCGAACGUGGGUUCCACCAGUUAUGUUUGGAGCCACCAUUGUUAAGAAUUCCUCCUGGUGAUGAGGGUUGGCUAUGCCCAGCAUGUGAUUGCAAAGUUGACUGCCUUGACUUACUUAAUGAUUCUCAAGGAACAGAUCUUUCCAUUACUGACAGCUGGGAGAAAGUUUUUCCUGAAGCUGCUGCUGCAGCGGCAGGGGGAAAUAAGCACGAUCAGAGCUUUGGAUUUUCAUCAGAUGAUUCUGAGGAUAAUGACUAUGACCCCGAUGUUCCAGAUGCUGAUGAGGGUGUUCAGGGAGAUGAAUCAAGUCCUGAUGAAUCUGAUUUCACUUCUGCAUCUGGUGACUUGGAAGUUUCACGCAGUGAUGGACAGAACAUGGGGCUACCUUCUGAUGAUUCAGAGGAUGAUGAUUAUGAACCUGAUGCUCUGGAUCUCGAUGAGCAGACUAAACCAGAAAGUUCGAGUUCUGAUUUUACAUCUGACUCUGAGGAUUUGACCACUGCAUUGGAAGAUAAAACCUGUUUGGAAAAAGUCGAGAAUCCAUCCCUGGACCAUAGCAAAGCGACUGGUUGUUCAAAUGGUAAAAGAUCCAAACUUGCUGGAAACAAAAAUUCUUUAAGAGAUGAGCUGUUAACCACUUUAGAGUCCAGUCCUGGACUAGAUGAUUCUACACCUGUAUCAGGGAAAAGGCAUGUAGAAAGGCUGGAUUAUAAGAAACUGUAUGAUGAGACGUAUGGAAACAUUUCCUCCGAUUCAAGUGAUGAUGAAGAUUGGACUGAAACUAAUGUGCCAAAGAAAAGAAACAAAAAAACAAGGGAAGUUUCUCCAUUGCAGAUGAGUCCAACCAUGAAGAAUGGAAGGAUGACAAAUGACUUAAGGCACAACCUAAAGGACUCUGAACAUAGCCAAAGGAGAACGCAUGAGAAUCUGAAAAUUGAAGGCGUAAAUGAUUCACCUGCAAAAUCCUAUGAAGGUUCUUCUGGACCUGGUUCUAGUGCAAGAAAAGUUAGAAGAUCAGCAUAUAAAAGACUUGGGGAAGCUGUGACUCAGGGAUUAUAUAAAUACUUCAAGGAUAAUCAAUAUCCUGACCGUGUCGCAAAAGAAAAAAUGGCAAAAGAGCUAGGAAUCACUCUACAGCAGGUUACCAAAUGGUUUGAGAAUGCUCGUUGGAGCUUCCACCAUGGACAUUCUCAGAAAAAGGAUGCCCCAACGUGCAAGACAAAGAGAAAUUUGUCCCAGCUCGAACAGGAAUUGCCUAGUACUGGUACUGCCUGUAAUGGAGCGGACUCUGCCCCGACAGAAUUGCAUGCCAAAGAUGUGAGGGAGACAAGAUUGGUGAUUGAAGACACAAAACAGAAGUCGACUCCAAAUUCCAGGCACCAAAAAGGUAAGUCAUGCCAUCAGGCAUCAGAUAAGGUUUCGGGUGUUGGAACUCUGAAGCCUUCAGCUCAUACACCUAAGGGACAGGAAGUGCGGAAACCUAAAACGUACAGUAAAAAUAGGAAAACUGUUGCUUGACAAUAUGAAUUUUGAUCCACCUAUGAGCAUAAUUUUGCAUUUCUUCGGUUUUUCCAUAUGUGAGGGCAAGGUGUUUCCACGUGUGGGGGCAAGGUAUUUUGAGAGGGCAAGGUAUUUUGAGAAGACAGUCUGCUGGAAGGAUUCAGUUUCACUUCUACACAGUUGGCAAGUCUCAAAAUUCUUCCAAUUAAUUGUGUAAUUUGGGGUGGAAAAAGUCACUUCAGGUAACUAAAGUCAUGUGGAUCUAAAUAAAGCUGGUCAGUCAUGGAUUGUCGGCAAUUCAGGUAGUUCAAAAAAUACAUCUUAAGAUGACCAUUUGAGCCAGCUUGGAUGGUAUGCCUCGACGAAUCUACCUUUGGACAAUGGUCACAUACAUGGAACACCCCAUUUUAGGGGUUUUGAAGAGUCUCAAACCCUAUUUCAAAACCUUGUCUCCUGCUAGAACCCAGUUUCUUUACCCCAGAUGGUGGUUGAGAAGCCUGCCAGAGAUCCAGUGAGCUACCAUUGCUCCACUGCCUGUGGCUCUCCUAUUAUCUUGCGCAAAUGAGGCUGCAAAAAUCGAUCCUGCGCAUCUUCUAUACCUAGUCCCAGGACAGUAGCAAAAAUCUCAUGUAGUGAUGCCUUUCUUGCGGAUGUAUUGAAAUUGAGAAGUAUGGUAAUUUUUUCUUUUACCUUGUAUUUGGAAAUUCAAAUUUUCAUUUAUUAUUAUUUUCCUCAUUUGACCAGAAAGGAAAUUCAAUUGACCAUUGAUGACGA